UCUCGUCGCUCGUACUCUCUCUCUGAACGUCGCCGUCGCACCGGCACCGGCGACGGCGAGUGCAAGCGGUAUUCGUCGUCGUCGUCGUCGCCGCUACGAAGCUAGAGCUUCGACUUCGGUACAGUCUACACAGCGCUUUUGUAGGUACCACAGUCGCAGUGGUAUCGUGUAGUACGACCAGCAGCAGCGCCCCGUGUUCUGUGUACAUACUCGACUACGACUUGGUGGUGUGUAGUGUGUACUUGUUGUAGGUAUACUAUACACAGUACAGUACUACAGACAGACUUUCGGAGCAUUAUUGUGUGUAUUGUCCUCGUCGUGUGGUCGUCGCUACGUCGCUGCGUUCUGCCUGCCGCAUUACAUGUUGUGAUAGUGUGAGUCCUCAGUUCUGUGUAUGUAUUGUUCCUCGCGUGCGCGUGUGUGUGUGUAUGCGACCAUAUACACGUGUCAGUGUGUGUGUAGUGCGAGCGACGUUCUUCCAAGCUAAAAAGCUAUCGCAUUCGCAGUAUCGUGCGUGAACCACUGAACCAUUCGUCAGUCGUCUCGCUUGCUUCUCGGUGCUCGCUACUCGCUUUUCGUGCCAUUCGUCAACGCAUUUACUACGUUAAUCCUUCGUCAGCUACCGAUAGCUGUUCUGUGCGUGGUAGCUUACGAAUACAUAUUUUCAUCGCCCAAGUUGCCAUCCGAGCUUUAUCUUUCCGGUGUGAUUCGUUGUGCAGUGUCCUGUUGCACCUUCGACCAUGAUAACCAUCAACAAUCCGAAUACCACCGAACGUCUCAUCCAAGAAGUACGAGCCAGACCUCCGCUAUGGGAUCAGAGGAACCUCAACUACCAUAAUCGUAUCGUAGUCAACGCUCUAUGGCAAGAUAUCGCCGAUUCGCUCAAAGUAAACAAAGAAACAGUCAAAGUGAAAUGGAAAGGACUACGAGACACGUAUCGUCGCGAGCUGAAAAAACAACGCAGCCUGGCCAUCACAAACGGAGGCACCGAUAACGCCAAAGACCCAUCUUGGACACACUACAGCUCGAUGAAUUUCCUACGCGAGUACAUGGGCAGCAACAACAACAACCACAGCGAUAUUCUCCAAUUCCCGGGCUGGACUACCGACGACACCGUCAACGAAGAAAUCUCACCCACCGAAGAAGCCUUUAAUUCGUUCGUAUCGUCGGCGAACAUAAUGGACGUAAUCAUCAACAGCAAAGAACCCAUUGAAUCGGGCGAAUCAUCCAUCACAGACGACGAAGCCGAUCAAUCCGAACAGGUGAAAUCUGAACCCAGAUCUUCUCCACCACCACCACCUGCACCUCAUCCUCAUCCUUCUUCGGUAAUUGUCGAUGAAAAACCGCAUUUAUCUCCGUCGUCGUCGCCAGUUUGCAAUAAUAACGAAGUGCAAGAUAACGACGAUACCAGAACGCCGAAAAAUCCAUCCAAAAAGGCACCCUGCGUAUCCAAAGCUAACAAAAGACCAGCCAAAGAGGUUCGUUUUCGGUCCAAGUUACGUAAAAAAGGCACCAAAGUGAUACACAACGGGAUCUCAUCGACUACUGCGACAGUUUCCAGUCCAAAAAUACAUAAUGGAUUAACUCCUCAAGACGAUUCCGACGACGAUCUGUAUUUCUUCAAGAGUCUUAUUCCUUACGUUAAAGCUUUACCGGCUACGAGAAAGUUAUGCUUGAGGUCUGAAAUUCAUAACUUGGUAUUGAGGGAAAUUAUGACCGAGUGUAGUUCUAAUCAUACCGUAAUUCCUUUGGAACACGUUAGCGUCGGAUUAAACGCUUAGAAAUCGAAGCGACGAUGACCUUUGCAAGAGCUGUGUUUCCUUUUUUAUAGUACUUACGUAAGUUAAUCGUUUCGUGUUUCCUUUUUUUUUUAUUUUUUAGUUCUUUACGAGUAUAUGUUAAGUUUCCUACCUCUUUAAUUUUCUCCGCGUCUUUAUUCCGUAGCGUUGAAUUUUAACGAUGAAUUUUUUUUAGUGAUACGACUUUCCAAAUUGACGAUUAAGAUUAAGAUACUAAUGUAAGAAGAAGGAGAAUUUUUUCCUUUUAAUUGAUCGAGUUUUUGUUUUGUAAAUAUUGAUUUUUUUUCUGUUUUCGUAAAUUAGGUAUAAAAUUUCUGUGAUAAUUUUCACGAUGUGGCCAUUACGCUACCUUUGAGUUUAUUUCCUAUCGAGUUUUUUUCUUUAAAUAUAGGUUUAAUUAUUAUUAUUGUAAGUGUGUCGUUUGGGUUACAUAUUACUAUGUGUUUUAUGAGAAAUAAUACAAUAAAUUGACGAUUUAUUUGACGUA